AUGAUGCAAAGAAAAGAACUAUACACAAACAUCACCCUCCUCCCCUCCAGUGUUCCCCGACAGUUAGCCCUCGACAUCCUACACAGCCACAGUGAAAUCAUCACACUGAGCCCGCUCGUCCUCUCUCAUCACCCGAUAAAGGCCCCUCGCCAUGCAAACGCAGAUGAAUACUACUCGUCAUGGUAUGAAAUAAUCCAGCGAGUCCAAUACGUCCCUGGACUCGGAAAAAUGGGCUCAGGAAAAAUCAGUUUCAAGGGCUGCUUCGAAAAUGUUCCCUGGGGGCUAAAAACACAUACAUACCCGCCUAUGGGCAUCGAUCUGAAGAGCAAAUGGCGAGUCGCAGGGAAUGAGCCGCAUGAGGAACCCGAUCCGAAGGAAACCCGCCCAUUAGGUGUCCCGGAAAGCGGACUAUAUCUUCUUGAAGAGGUGGAGAUCAGAUGCAAUAUGACGCUGAUGUCAUUUGUGAAGAGUCAACUAAAAGCCGCGUCGAAGGUUCUUGUUGAACGGUUGAUUAAAAAGGCUGAGCUUCUCGAUGCGGGUGUCUUGCAGGCUAUGUUUCAGGAUGGGAAGUUGAGGACGUUUAAUCCAGCUGAUCGGACAAGUACGACUCCUUUUCAGGUACAGACGCAUAUUCCUCAGGCUUCGGCUGAGUUACCGCAGUCGCCGACUAGAAUGUCGCGGUGGGGAUCUAUCUCCUCUUCUUCUUCGGGGCCUCGGGCUGCUCCCAACUAUUAUCAGCAUGAUCAAGGGUAUAGGAAGAGUGGAGUUGUGGAAUUGCCAGAUACAUCUCCUAGUUAUCAGGCAUAUUCCGUGAAACAACCGGAUAAAGGAGUUCCUUCUGAGUUGCCUGUCAUGGAAGACAUUCCCAGGGAAUAUCGUUGA